GUAAAGACAUCGGAUCUGUUGACGCAAGCCAUGACGGAGCUGUCCCAGACUCUGACCACUGACUACCGAACCUCGCAGGGUGAUUUUCCACGCAUUCAGUAUAUUCCUGUAUCGCAAUCCGCAGCUGGCUUGCAACAACCCCAACACAUACAGUUGCAGGUUGUACAAGUGGCUCAGGCUACCUCACCUCAUCAGACCCAACAUUCCACUGUAGAUGUUGGCCAACUACAUGACCCUCAGUCAUACACCCAGCAUGCUAUCCAGGUACAGCAUAUCCAGGUCACUGAACCAACCUCUGCAGCCCCAUCGUCUUCACAGGUGGGCAGCCAGCCCUUAAGUCCUUCCCAACCAACUCAGCAGGAGCUCAGCCCAUCCCAGAUACAGACAACUUCCUCUGGGCAAAGUCAAUCACAGGCAGGUUCUUCAGUCCAGCAAGCCUACCUUCCCAACACCUGGAACUCGUUCCGCACUUAUCCCUCCGAGAUUCAGAUGAUGACUAUCCCCCAGGGCCAGUAUGUGAUUGCAGAGGCAGCUGUGGGUCCUCCUGUCACAACGGUGACUACAGGACAAGUCAAAGCAGUUUCGCAGACGCAUUAUGUCAUUGCUGAAAGUCAGCCCGAACUGGAAGUCAAGCCAAGCCUGUCUCUUUCCAGUGGCGUGGAAGUCGAUUUGUCUCAGACACCCGUCCACGCCGACUCUUUGGACUCGCAAACGGCCAGCGAGCAGCAAACGACACAAUACAUCAUUACGGCCACCAGCAACACCAACGGGGUCGGCGACCUGCACAUCGAAAAGGCAUGAACUCGGUUUGCAGCAACGAGGGACGUUUGAAACCUUCAUCCCAAAUCGCGAAGAGCAUCUUGGGCAAAAGUUUAUUUGUACACCUUGAAGUUCUACCUUCUAUCCUACAAGCCGAGGCUUUGCAGAGUUUCAGAUCUAAAUGAAACCCGGGCAAGACAUUUCAGGGCGCCACCGUUCUCCUGGACCCCGUGAACAAAAAAAAGGACACUGAGCCUCUUCUAGACCUCUCCCCUAAUUGAUUCCCCCCCUCCCCCAAUUGUGGACCGAUUUUCAGCAGUUAGCUGAGCACACAACCAUUGGCAGAGUCUUAUCUCUCCUGUACAUUUCAGUUGCUUACAUUUCUUUCGGCGUUAUGAUAUAUUUUUUCCUCCCCAAGUUGCCUGUGAAAGAAGAGAACACGCAGCUGUUGAAAGGGAGAAUAAAAUAAAAACGCGUAGCCUGGAACCAAGACUCGAUUACAAGCCAUUCGUUCCUGACUUUUGUAUGACGGAGAAGACAGUGAAACUGUGAAGCUGUGCAGGAGCAGUUAAAUUAUUAAGAAUUAGAUUGUUGGUAUGGUUGGGAUACCCCCUGUUUACAUAACCAUCUGCACUGCCCAAAUAUUUGAUCCUAAGGAGGGUAAAGGAAACCAACCCUAAUGAAAUCAGAGGAGUAUGAAGAACACACACGGGGUCUGAGACUUUUGUGUCUUUGAUUGUGUUGUCUUUAUGAAACAGGGAUCCUUCCUUUUCUCCUCAAAACCAAUAAAAAGGCUGGGUGAUGGUUUAACCACG